AUGGUUUUAGUCUGCCUAUAUUCACAUUCCGUCUUUGUUUGUGGGCUUAAAAACCAGGGAGGUGCUGCUGCUGCCGAGGCUAUAGAUAAGAUUUGUGACGUGGUGGGUACCAUGGGUAGACUUCGUAGUGACGGAGGAAGUUGCUUUACCUGUGCAACCUUCAAGAAGGCAUGUGAACGGCGUCGUAUACAACAUCUGGUGGUUAAUCGCUAUAGUCCGUUCCAGAAUGGUGCAGCUGAACGAGCAGUGGCCGGUGUUAAGAAGAUCUUUCGACUAUUCCCUGAGAUCGUUGCUCAGAGUGGUAAGCAAUCCCGUUGGUUCUCUCUUCUUGGUCGCUCUAUCCGUUGCUUGAACGAUAGACCGUUUUCGGGUUCUACACCGUUCGAGAUAUUUUAUGAGAGGUCUCGUAAUCAUGAAGAGAAGCUCCGCUAUGAUGGUAUCCCCCAACUGGUAGUCCUGCUUUGGCUAAUUUGA